AUGCAGGGCCAACAACAGACGCCCUUCCUCCCCAGCAUACCGCUUGCGCACGGCUAUCUGACGGCCUCGAAGCACCACCGCCAGCCAUUAUGCGGUAAUAGCGAGGGCUGGGGCCCAAUCAGCCCGAUACGAUACGACUUCACUCCGUGCUUCUUGGAUGUAUGGAUAGCGGUCGUCGCGGCGUUUGGAAUCGUGGGCGGAGUAGGCGCGUUGUGGUAUCUCUACAGGAAAUGCCCACCGCAGCCCGUGAAGCGCAAUUGGCACUUUUACGCGAAGCUGACGUCACUCAGCGCCCUCAUCGCCACCACAGCAGUCCAGGCAGCCCUCCAGAUCGAAUACUACAAAGACGUAUGGGCCGGUGACUUCCGCUUCUGGACAUCUAUAAUCACCGUCGUCUCUCUCGGCUUCGUAUUCCACAUCCAGUAUAUCGAACACUGGCGGUCGCGAAAUGCCAACGGCGUGGUCCUCUUCUACUGGCUCUUCCUGCUCAUCGCAUACGCCGUCAAGCUCCGCUCCCUCGUCUCCCAGCAGGUACAUCGCGAACAUGUGGCAUACUUCGCAGUCUUCUGCGCUAGUGUUGGAUUGGCUGGGCUCUCAUUCGUCCUGGAAUGGCUGGUCCCGAAGCGUAUGAGCGACUACGACAUGCUUGGAGACGACGAUGAAUGUCCAUACGAAUACGCAGACGUCUUCUCUGUCUUGACAUUUGGCUGGAUGACACCGAUGAUGAAGCAAGGAUACAAGACUUUCCUCACCCAGGACAGCCUGUGGAACCUCCGAAAGCGCGACACCACCCGGCACACCUCACAGACAUUUGAGGAUGCGUGGAAAUAUGAGAUGGAGAAGAAGCGCCCUUCGUUGUGGCUGGCAAUGUUCCGCUCAUUCGGCGGUCCCUACUUCCGCGGCGCUGCCAUCAAGACCAUAAGCGACGUUCUGAACUUCGCCCAGCCCCAGUUGCUGAGGCUUCUGAUCACUUUCGUCGAUUCGUACCGUGCCAACUACCCCGGAAAGCCCCAGCCUCUCAUUCGCGGUGCGGCCAUCGCGCUUGCCAUGUUUGCCGUAUCCGUUUCCCAGACCGCCUGCCUCCACCAAUACUUCCAGCGGUCUUUCGAAACCGGCAUGCGCAUCAAGUCUUCGCUCACGGCUGCCAUCUACUCCAAGUCCACCCGUCUAUCCAACGAGGGUCGCGCGUCCAAGUCAACCGGUGAUAUCGUCAACUACAUGGCCGUGGACACACAGCGUCUCCAGGAUCUUGCGCAAUACGGACAACAACUGUGGUCAGCUCCCUUUCAAAUCAUCCUGUGCAUGCUAUCGUUGUAUCAAUUGCUUGGUGUCAGUUGUUUCGCAGGUGUUGCCGCCAUGUUCGUCAUGAUUCCUAUCAACGGUGUGAUUGCACGGUGGAUGAAGACUCUGCAGAAGGAGCAGAUGAAGAACAAGGAUUCGCGUACCAAACUAAUUUCUGAGAUUCUCAACAACAUGAAGUCGAUCAAGCUCUACGCUUGGACGACUGCCUUUGCCAACCGCCUGAACACCAUCCGAAACGACCAGGAACUCAAGACCUUGCGCAAGAUUGGUGCUACCCAGGCGUUCUCCACAUUCACUUGGUCUACAACUCCGUUCUUGGUGUCGUGCUCAACCUUUGGUGUCUUCGUCUGGACGCAGAACCGUGCUCUGACAACUGACAUUGUCUUCCCUGCUCUUACGCUCUUCAACCUCCUCACUUUCCCACUUGCCAUCCUCCCUAUGGUUAUCACCGCCAUCGUUGAGGCUAGUGUAGCUGUUGGCCGUAUUACUGGCUACCUGACUGCCGAUGAGUUGCAGGAGGAUGCCGUUAUCCGCGAAGACGCUGUGACUGAGAAUGGCGACGAGUCGGUGCGCAUCCGCGAUGCUAGCUUCACUUGGGACAAGAACGCUGAGCGUCGUGCUCUCCAUGACAUCAACUUCACCGCGCACAAGGGAGACCUCGCGUGUAUUGUCGGUCGCGUCGGUGCAGGCAAAUCAUCGCUUCUUCAAGCAGUUCUCGGUGAUCUGUGGAAGAUACAUGGAGAGGUCGUUCUACGCGGAAAGACUGCGUAUGUUCCACAGUCAGCUUGGGUCAUGAACGCUUCCGUUCGCGAGAACAUCGUAUUUGGUCAUCGUUGGGAUCCCCAGUUCUACGAGAAGACUGUCAAUGCCUGUGCACUACGAGACGACUUUGGCUCCCUUCCCGAUGGCGACCAGACCGAGGUCGGUGAACGAGGUAUCUCACUCUCAGGUGGUCAAAAGGCUCGUCUUACUCUUGCUCGUGCGGUUUAUGCGCGUGCAGACAUCUAUCUUCUCGAUGACUGUUUAUCCGCUGUUGACCAGCACGUUGGACGCCAUCUCAUCGACAACGUACUCGGACCCAAGGGUUUACUUGCGGGCAAGACCAGGAUUCUGGCAACCAACUCCAUCCCCGUUCUGAUGGAAGCCGACAUGAUCCUGCUACUGCGCGAAGGCAAGAUUCUAGAGAGAGGCAGCUACGGACAACUAAUGGCCAUGAAGGGUGAAAUCGCUCAGCUCAUCAAGACAUCUCAGAACGAAGACCAGGGAGAAGAUGACAGCACUCGCACAUCCGACAGCAUCAUGAGCGAUGAAGAUUCUACAGUCUACGGUGGUAGUCCCACCGGCGAAGACGACGAGGAAGAUCAAGCCGAAGCUGAGGCCGCCCAGGAGGGUGGCGCCACUCUCGCCCCCUUGAGGGUCGGAGGCGGUACGGGCCGCAAGUCGAGCUUCCAGACCCUUCGUCGAGCCAGCACUGCCAGUUUCAAGGGACCUCGCGGCAAGAUGAACGAUGAAGAGGGCGGUGGGCUCAAGAGCAAGCAGACCAAGGAGUUCUCUGAGCAAGGCAAAGUCAAGUGGUCCGUUUACGGCGAAUAUGCAAAGACAAGCAAUCUUGCAGCGGUCGCCAUCUAUCUGAUGCUCCUUUUGGGUGCUCAAACAUCAUCAAUCGGCGCAAGCGUGUGGCUAAAGCAUUGGUCAGAGAUCAACCAGCAUUACGGCGGGAACCCUCAUGUGGGGAAAUACAUCGGCAUCUACUUCGCGUUUGGCGUGGGAUCUGCUGCCCUGGUCGUGGUGCAGACGUUGAUCCUCUGGAUUUUCUGCUCCAUCGAAGCUAGCAGGAAGCUACACGAGCGGAUGGCGUUUGCCAUCUUCCGCUCGCCAAUGAGCUUCUUUGAGACUACACCUGCAGGACGCAUACUCAAUCGAUUUUCGAGUGACAUCUACCGAGUCGACGAAGUCCUAGCCCGAACAUUCAACAUGCUCUUCGUCAAUUCCGCCCGAGCUGGCUUCACCCUUGUCGUCAUUUCGUGGUCGACCCCGGCCUUCGUUGCGCUUAUCCUGCCGCUCGGCGCACUCUACCUUUACAUCCAACGAUAUUACCUGCGCACAUCACGGGAGCUCAAGCGCCUGGACAGCGUUAGCCGCAGCCCAAUCUAUGCCCAUUUCCAGGAGAGUCUCAGCGGUAUGAGCACAAUCCGCGCGUACAACCAGCAGAAGCGUUUCGAGAUGGAGAAUGAGUGGCGUGUCGAUGCCAAUCUGCGUGCAUACUACCCUUCCAUCAGCGCCAACCGAUGGCUGGCUGUUCGCUUAGAAUUCCUUGGCUCAGUCAUCAUCUUGGCUGCUGCGGGUCUCGCCAUCGUGUCCGUCGCUAGCCACAGCGGCUUAUCGGCUGGUACGGUGGGUCUGGCCAUGUCGUAUGCGCUUCAGAUCACUCAAAGUCUCAACUGGAUCGUUCGCCAGACUGUUGAAGUGGAGACCAACAUCGUUUCUGUGGAACGUGUGCUUGAGUAUGCCGCGCUACCCAGCGAGGCGCCUGAGAUCAUCUCCAAGAACAGACCACCAAUCAGCUGGCCGUCCCAGGGCGCUGUCACUUUCGACAACUACAGCACCCGAUAUCGGCCUGGUCUUGACUUGGUGCUGAAGAACGUCAACCUCUCAAUCAAGCCAAAGGAGAAGAUUGGUGUCGUUGGACGAACAGGCGCUGGCAAGAGUUCACUUACCCUUGCGCUUUUCCGCAUCAUCGAACCUGCGGAGGGUAAUGUAAGCAUCGACAAUCUCAACACCAGCACUAUCGGUCUUCUUGACCUCCGCAGGCGCUUGGCUAUCAUCCCACAAGAUGCAGCGCUAUUCGAGGGUACCGUGCGCGACAAUCUCGACCCUGGGCACGUUCACGACGACACCGAGCUCUGGAGUGUACUAGACCACGCUCGCCUUAAAGACCACAUCUCCUCCAUGCCCGGCAAACUCGACGCCACCAUCAACGAAGGCGGCUCCAACCUCUCCUCCGGUCAACGCCAGCUCGUCUCUCUCGCCCGCGCCCUCCUCACUCCCUCCAACAUCCUCGUCCUGGACGAAGCCACAGCCGCCGUCGACGUCGAAACAGACGCCAUGCUGCAAACCACGCUCCGCACCAGCAUGUUCAACAACCGCACAAUCAUCACUAUCGCGCAUCGCAUCAACACGAUUUUGGACUCAGACAGGAUUAUCGUGCUGGACAAGGGCGAGGUCAAGGAAUUUGAUAGCCCGGCGGAGCUGGUCAGACGGAAGGGGCUGUUCUAUGAGUUGGUUAAGGAGGCGGGGUUGUUGAACGCAUUGGAUAUGAGUCAGUCGUGA